AUGCGAUCAUUUUCAUGCAUAUGCUGGGUAGAAGGUGUGGACACGAACGAAACUAUAGCCUCGUGGAACUCAACAGAAAUUCUGCAAUCAAUUCCUUUAACUCUGGGUGGGGGUCUACACAAUUGCCUUGUAUACAAUGAAGACAAUGAAACUGAAGCGUGCACCAAAUGGGUAUAUGACUCGAGGUACAGAACGUCUUCGCGGGCCAUUGAAUGGGAUCUUGUCUGUGACCAAAGGUGGAAGGGAGCUUUAGCACAAACUAUUUACAUGUUGGGUGUAUUCACCGGAGCAGUUUACUUAGGAGGAUUAGCUGAUAAAUAUGGACGAAAGACUGUAUUUUGCUGGUCAUCAGUGUUGCAAUUAAUUUUAGGUGUUGGCGUAGCGUUUAUACCUGAGUACUGGUCUUUCUUAGUUGGUACGUUUUUCUAUGCACUAUUCGGCUCUGCUGGUGCUUAUACUCCGGCGUUUGUGUUGACUAUGGAAAUUGUUGGUCCUAAGAAACGAACCAGCUGUGGUGUAGCCUUUCAAUGUGCCUUUGCUGUGGGAAUAAUGUUAGUCGCCGGCUGGGGAGCACUUAUCGACAAUCGAGUCCUCCUUCAAGUUGUAUAUGGAUUACAUGGUGUCAUAUUAAUCCCUCAUAUAUGGAUAAUGGAUGAAUCACCAAGAUGGCUGUGGGCGCAAGGACGAGCUAAAGAAGCUGUCGACAUCGUGCAAAAAGCUCUUAAGUGUAACAAAUCUGAUGAAGUUUUAGAUAGAGCUGAACUUGUUUCUAAAGGUAGAGUCGAGGCAUCAAAGGGAUCAGAAGAACAGAGUGCUGGUAUUAUUGAUCUAUUUAAGACUCCUAAUUUAAGAAUUAAAACCAUAAAUAUUUGUUUUGCCUGGUUUGCCAAUUCUUUAGUUUAUUAUGGUCUUACACUCAGUACGGGAAAGCUUGAAGGAAAUCCUUAUUUAAUUACAGCUGUUUUUGGACUCGUUGAAUUUCCAAGUUAUGCAUUUGUUAUAUAUUUUCUUGACAUUUGGGGUCGAAGAGCGUUAAUGAGUUCUAUGAUGAUUAUUGGCGGAGGUGCGUGCGUUAUUGCAACAUUUUUGCCAUCAGGUUCUAUGGUUUCUACCGUUAUUGUUAUAGGUGGAAAACUGUUCAUUGCUGGAUCAUUUGCAAUUAUUUACAAUUAUUCAGCUGAAUUAUUCCCCACUGUAGUAAGGAACUCGGCUAUAGGAUUAGGUUCUAUGUUCGCUAGGCUGUCUGGAGCCCUUACUCCAUUAAUAACCUUACUCGAUUCUUUUAAUCCGAAAAUUCCAGCAGUAACAUUUGGAAUCGUAGCACUUUUAUCAGGUUUUCUUUGUUUAUUUUUGCCUGAAACGAUGAAUCAACCAAUGCCACAAUCUCUUAAUGACGGUGAAACCUUUGGCAGAGGCGACAACUGCUUUGGCAGUUGCUUAGGGAAAAAGAGUAAUAAAACAUAUGCUGCUGAUGAAAAAACCACCGAGGCAAUGGUUCCACUUGGUGAUAUGAGUAAGGGAGCUUAA